AUUUCCAAAAUAAAGAUUUUUUUAAUGAAUAAAAAUUGAGAAAAUUUUAAAAAUUAUUUUUAAUUUUAUAAGAUUUUAAAAAGAAAUAAACUAUAUAUCCAAACCUGUAAGAUAUAUCUAAAGUAGUAUUUAGACAUUUAUAGCCUUGAAUAUUUACAUUAAAAAUGACAGGAAGAAGUUCGGGUGGGGGGAGGAGUGGCAGCGGCCAGGCAGCCCAGCUUUGCAGGCUCUCAGCGGGGCCCGCAGGCACCCGGCACGGCACGCGCCGGCCCCGCCGCCACGAUGCCCAAGAGGAAGGUCGGCUCCGCCGAGGGGGCGGCGAAGGAGGAGCCCAAGAGGAGGUCGGCGAGGUUGUCAGCUAAACCGGCUCCUGCAAAAGUGGAAACGAAGCCAAAAAAGGCGGCAGGAAAGGAUAAAUCUUUAGACAAAAACGUGCAAACAAAAGGGAAAAGGGGAGCAAAGGGAAAAGAGACUGAAGUGGCUAACCAAGAGACUAAAGAAGACGUACCUGCAGAAAACGGAGACACUAAAAACGAGGAGAGCCCAGCUUCUGAUGAAGCAGGAGAGAAAGAAGCCAAGUCUGAUUAAUAUCACACACCCGGUCCUAUCAGUGGUCCCUGUCUCCCCUCUUGUACAAUCCAGAGGAAUAUUUUUACCAACUGUUUUGUAAAUGCAAGUUUUUUAGUA